AUGCGGAGAUUUUAUUUUCUCCUCGCGCGUCGCGUCGUCGUCGUGAGUCGUCUCUUCCAGCGAACGCGCGAAUGUCGUUUCCUGAUCUCCUCCUCCGCGUCAGCCAUAUCCGAGCGCGCCGUCGCGCACGAUGUCGCUCGCGCUCGGACCCGUCGCGGCGUCCGUCUCCGCGCCGUCGCGUCGCGCGCCUCCGCGCGCGGCGCGUCCCGCGCGCGCGUCGUCCGCGCGCCCCAACGCGCGUCCCCCCGCGCGCGAGGCCCACCGGCUUCGUCCUCGGCGAGACCGCGACCGUCGUCGUCGUCCCCACGUGGAUGGAUGGCGCGUCGUCGCGUCCUCCGCGUCCUCGGACGACGCCGCCUCGACCCGCCCGCCUCCUCCCUCGGUGACGUACGUCGAGCGCGCGAUGACCCCAACGGAGGCGUGGCGUCGGAUGUGGACCAAAGCGGACGCGUACCACGCGCACGGCGUCUCCGGCGCGGCGUUCACCGCGCUCGGAUUCGGACUCGUCGCCGCGUGGGCGAAGCGCGAUCUCGACGCGCUCUCGUCCCUCUCGUCCUCGCACGAACUCGCGUCCGCCGCGGUCUACGACGCGCUGCACGCCACGGGCGGCGCCCCGGAGUGGUGGGGUCUCGCGAUCGCGUCGCUCGCGAUCGCGGGCGUCUGCGCCGCGACCGGGCUCCCGCUCGGCCGCGCGCGCGGCUGGCGGAAAGUCGAGCUCUCCGCGCGGUCGGCGCUCUUCCAGCUGGUGCUGACGUGGCAAGCGAUUCGGAUCGGCCCGGGCGGCGAGUGGCUGUCGUUCGUCGACGCGCACGCGUGGCAGCUCGCGCUGGCGCCGUUCGCGUGGCAGACGCUGACGUCGGCGUACGUGUUGUUCGGCACGAAGGACGACAAGCGAAGCGCGGCGCUGAUUCUCGUCGGCGCGUGGCUCUUCGGCGCGCAGGUGUUCCCGGCGGCGAGCGUGAUCGCGUCCGGCGGCGACGGCCUCGCCGCGCUCGCGUCCUCGCGGCCCGGGCUCGUGACCGUGUGGUGCCACUCGCUCGUCGGUCUCGUGUGGCUGUUGAACUGGAGCACGCUCGGCGCGAGUUUGAGGGCGAGGAAGGUGAUCGACGACGACGGGUACCGGAGAUGGUUUUUGUUGCGGCCGUCGGCGGCGUGGAUGUGUCUCUUCGCGUUGGACGUCGCGACGUACGCGCCGUUCGCGAGCGUCGCGGACUACUUCGCGUCGUUCGGCGGGUCUAGGGGUUUAUUGUGAUAGUCUAUCUUCGUCUCCGCGCGAGAGCUACUAGAAGACGGGCGCGUUCGAGUUCGUUGAAGAAUACGAAUCGAUUUCAUUCCGAC